AUGGCCCGACUCAAUCCCCCUGACGCUACCCACAUUCCACCCAUUCUGAAACCGCUCGCUCCUUACAUCAAGUCACGCCAGGAAACUCUUCGAAUUCGCCAGGCGCUGACGUCUUAUCUGCGUUCAUUUAUCGAAUUCGACGAUCAGUCAAGAGAUCUUGCUCAAUCCCACCUGUCGUUGUGUGCGUUGACCGACGGUGUUGCCAGCGUCAAACGUUUCCCUGCCGACCUUCCUGGGCUGAGGAAGGAUUAUCUGAAAGCGUUGUCCGCCAAUGUUGCAGCCCGCAAAGAUUUUGCCUUGGUAUCUGAGAAUGUCGCCUCGUUAAGGCGCCAGAGGACGUCCCCGAACCGACCUUCUGAAAAUCCGGACCUGCAAGAGCCCGGCACCGAACUUCGUGAAUACCUUGCCCUCCUGCGCGAUCGACGCCGCCAUUCCAAGCUGCAGGUGUUUCGGAAUUAUCUUGAGGAAUCUAAACCGCGCGAUGCGCGAAGCUUCGAGGACAUUGUCAAUGAUGGGGAUCAAAUUCCAUUGCCGGAGGUAGAUGCAGAGGCGGGGCGCAUGGGCACCGAAACGGACUUGGAUGAAUUGUUACAUAACCUUGAGAGAGCAGUUGUCCGCGCGAGGACUCAAUUGGACCGCCAAAAGCAAUUAUUUGAGAAAGCCAAAGCACAGCAUGAUCCCCGAGCUGAGACUCCAAAUGCCAAAGUGCAAGCCUUGCAAACGACCCGGGACGAGCUAGUACAAUGGGUGGAGGAACGGCUGGUUGGUCAAGGGGAUCUGGAUGAAAGUCUGCCCCAAGAACUUCAUCCGGAGGAAACCAGGGAGGCCCAGCGGGGGCUAGAGAAUCGCAAGAGGCAAAUUACAGAGCAAUAUGCUGCAUAUCUACAAGCCCGGCGAGAUCUCCUCGACGCCGCAUCCAGAGCUUGUCAGCCAGUCAAUGUGCUCCAGAAGCCUCCGUCACGGACAACCAACAAGAAUGAACUCGCCAUGCCAGAGAUGCUACCACCCAACCCAAUCGACGUCCUAUCAUACACAAACGAAAAUCUGGUCCCGCUAUUGAAGAGUGAAAAGUCGUUAGCUCUCCAGAAAUCCUAUUUAUCAGGCUUGCUCUCAAAAGAAAAGUCCACGACCCUCCGCGCUCUCAAUCGUCUGAGCGAUGAAUCCCACUUACUCCCCGAAUACCCUACUCCCGCCCGCCAGUCGCGGGCUAGUGCUCUCAGCUCGCGAAUCCAGACCCAGAGAUCAGAUCAGACCCCGGAUGAGGUUGUUGAUCUUGCUGAGGCAUGGGCAUUUGCUUCUAACGCUGCAGCUGCCAAUGAGCGAGAAUUUGUUCAGCAAAAGAUCGCAUUGAGUACUGAGGUUGCGCAGGACGCUCGACAAACCCUGGCUGAUGUAUGUAGGACCCUCAAUCAAGACCUCGAUGAGGUCAUGCUGCAGGGUCAGGAGAACCGAAAUGGGUCUGAUUCCUGGGCCUUCAAUGCUCGCUCCGCGAGAGAGAUGUCAAGAGGUGGGUCACAGAUUGAGAAACAAUCGAGUGGUCCGUGGUCAGGUCUGAAUGGGAGAGUGGGGGUUGUAGAAUAA